AUGGGUCGCACUGUCGACCAGGAGGUGCACGCGGCGUUUGUCGAGUUCCGCGCCAAGGAAGAUGACAAGUGUCUUUCCGUUCAGUGUAUCUACUGUCAACAGAUUCGCGCAAAGAAUACCUCGCGACAGAAGCAGCAUCUUCUCGAAUGUCCCGGCCUGCGCGGUCAUCCCAACGCGCCCCAACCUACUCAGCCCGCCCAAGCCCCCAAUGGUAUCGGACCUACCAAUGGAUACCCAGGCACCCCUAAUGGACCUACUACUGCUGCACCGGGCCCAACUGGCCCUACCAUCCCCACGCCCAAUGGCUCCAUGAUCACCAACGGCGUCAAUCCUCAUGCCACCCCGCUCGGUACCCCGUUGUCCACCUUGCAGAACCGACCGCCGAUGGCCACACCCGGCCCGCCAGCGGUCGGCGCGCCUCCAGGUUCCGCGCCUUCGUCACUACCUCCGCCUCGCUCAACCCCGAAACCCAAGUCCAAGCCAAGUACUUCCAGUUUGCCUGCGCCGCCGCUUGAUGAUGUGCACGCUGCGUUUGUUGAGUUCCGCGCUAAAGAAGAGGAUAAGUGUCUGUCUGUGCAAUGUAUUUACUGUCAGCAAGUGCGCGCAAAGAACACUAGUCGCCAGCGUCAACAUUUGCUGGAAUGCCCUACCUAUCUCAGUGUUAUGAAGGAUUCGAUACCCGCCAACAACCUCCUGCACACAUUCCCUGAGGGUGAUGUUGCGCGAUCACUCCAGAUUCCUGCACCGACGCUCGAGCUUGAUUUCCGCAUGAGCAUCAAGAUGAAUCCUAAGGUUCCUGUCGGCCAGAGCAUCUGGGGCCACCGCGAGUGGGUCUCAUUCAUUGGUGGUCAGUGGGCUGGUCGAUGGGGCAAGGGUAUUGUUCUGCCCGGUGGUCAAGACACACAGAUCGUGACGAAGGACCAAACUACUCACCUUCGUGCGAACUACUUGCUUCAGACUGCCGAAGACCCUCCCGCUUUCAUCAUGGUUAAGGCCGAGGGUUGGCUUACUGGUGCCAAGGACAUCCUCGAGAAGGUCAAUGAUCAGGGCCAAGCUGACGGUAUAAACCCUGGAAGUUAUAAAUACCGCAUCAAUCUUUCCAUGGAGACAGGCGACGAACGGUUCACCUUCCUCAAUACCCUCAUGUGGAUUGGCAGCGGUUGCCGUCGCGGUCAAGAAGUUAUCUUCGAUGCAUUCCGUGUCAACUAA